AUGCCUACCACCGAUUGGACGACUAUAUUCGAUGUUCGAUCAUUUGUGGCGUCCCCAGGCAGGACACCAAUAACCACUGCUCCAAAUCGCUUCCGUCUUUUACAACUUCUUCGUUAUCACCUCGAACAACCCCAUUUUCCUCCGAUGGUUGUGACAAUCCCAAGCCGGGAGGGCGCUCUCGCGGCUGCCCAGCGGGAAGUUCCGUUCGCACUCAACAAGGUCCAGCAGAGUCUCGUCAAGCUACUCGACACCGGACGUGAGCUCGAGUGGGUUUCGAGGAACGAAACUGAACGCUCCGCUGUACCGAGCAGUUGGAAAGGCCCGAUCGACUGA